GUAAAACGCUUCUAACAACUAUUAAUAUCUUGUCUCCGCGAAAUUUCAAUAAAAUCAGGAAUAAAUUUGCUAAAUACCAUUACUAUUAUGUUUGGGGAGUUUUAGCCAUAUUCGCCACGCUUGGCAGACGGGUUGGCGAUCGCAGUAGAUAGUGCACUCUCAACGAAAGAUGCUGCUGCCCAUCCUCCAUUGUUUGUAUCCCUUAGUCGCCUUUUACAACAACCACGAGAGGAGAUGAGGUAGUGCUAUUCUGGUGCAACACCACACACACCAUGGAAGACUUAAGCCAUAUGCUCGAUGGCCUCAAUACAGCUUCCCAAGGUACUCCUGAACUGGUCUCAAAAUGAACAUAGACAAGACGAAGAUCAUGUCAAAUAUCCAUGUCGGUGGACGACUUCCGGCUGAUGAUGAAUUACUAUUAUGUGGCAAAGCUCUUUCCAGCAAAUUCUACGUUUUGGAAUUAGGCUACCACAUUCGACCGCAUGUCUUUUCUGUACUAUUUUAGAGGAUGCACUUGCGCAACUCAAAAUUCUGAAUGAGUGCAAUCCAGGCCUUCGCUUGCAAUCAACUUUAAUGGACAUGAACCUGCACCUUAACGAUAAAUAUGGAAUAAAAAGAGAAGUCCUAGAUGAGGUGGAUAGUAUUAAACCCAAUAAACUCCACUGUAACGAGUACAAACUUAAAAAGUUGCUAAAGGAUAGGGAAUUGAUCAUUAAGGUAUUGAAAGGUGCCUACAUAGACAUGUCGGAACAUGGAAAUAUUUUGGUUCUUAAGGAAUAUAUAAGCGAAAUAUCUAAAACAUAUAACGAUAGAGAAAUAUUGAUCUUAGUAGAAGGAAGAAACAGGCAGGUAAAGCGUGAUCUGAACAAACAACUACGACAACAAAGAAAUCAUAUAAAGUCUGUUUUGUACCAAACGGAAUGUAACAUUAAGGAUCUCUGCAGUCGCUUCGAGGAUGCAUCUAUUUAUGCAAAUAUACGUGGCAGGUACGUCGAUGGCUGGCAACGAGCAAGGCAUGAGCAACUCGAAUUUGCACUCAAAGAUAAGGAGUAUGCUCCCUCGCAGAAUAUCGAGCUUCACAAGAGAAAAAGUCAGCAGGAACAACAAGUUCACACAGAAGUAGAACUACUCACUAAUAUUAUUAUCAAUGAAACCUUGGAAAAGAUAGAGGUUUGGGUAAAUAAAUACGAUGUUGACAUGGAGCAAAUAGACUUAAAGAUUCAAAUCGCGAGGAACAAAUGGCUUAGUAUCCAGAAACAAAGGAUCGACAUGGAAGAACAGUUUGCCAAGCAUGAAGAGGAAAUGCGAAUUUGGGUGCAGUUCAAGAGAGAUCGCGAGGAAGCAAGGCUGUACCGAGAGAAGAUGACAAAUUGUGCAAUAGUUAUUCAAGCUUGGUGGCGCGGCUUACUCGUGAGGCGUCGGCUUGGUCCAUACAAAGCCAAGAAAUCCAAAAAUCCUAAGACUAAAGCUUAAAUUUCUUUUACUGCUUACAUCAGAUUGGACGAUCUUUCCGGUGGCCGCUGGAUUGUAAAUUUCCGAAUACACAUCAUUUUGGUUACCUCUAUUUAUUAUAUAUUAUAUUAUAAAUGAGUUUUAUGUCUAUAAUUAUUUGUAUUUUAUACAAUAAAGUUAUAUUUUC